CCACCACCCCCACAACUGCUGCUUCCCCAAAAAGUGACGAUGCAUCUAUUGCUGACGAUGACAUAAUUGCGGAACAAGACGCAGCUCAAGAGGAGGAGGACGAAGAAGAAGAAGAACCCUACGUCUCCUCCUACCCGAAUUGGUCAAUCGACACGAAUGACGACACCCUCCUCGCGAACAAGCCGUGGCUGACCGAAUUGGUCCGUCGGGCGGUCCGGAUUGAGAUGAGAAUCCGGAAGAAGGAACAAAAACUCCAUGCGAAGAGAAGAGAAGAAAAAAAAAUCUACGAGCAGAAACUGGAGAAAAGGAAGAAAUUGUUGUUGAAAGAGUUCAAAAUGCAGUUCGGAAAAACCGAUGUAGCGAAGGAGAAACACGAGGAGGAUAUCCGGAUGUUCGAGAAGAAAGACCGGAGUUCCAGACUGUGGGAAAUGAUGGCGAAAGUGAUGGCGAAAACCGGGAAAAGGGCCGAUGGGGCGGCUUUGGACAACAAUGGGUCGCAACAGAAUGAUGACGGCGACGGAGACCACGAUGAAAAACCUGGCUCUACUUUCGACGCAGACCACGACGACACCACGAACCCGCCAAGAGCGCUGCAGAAGCAGGCGAAUGGAACAACAACAAACAGCACUUCAAAUUCCGCCGAUAAAGACAAACAGAGUCAAGACCUCACCCCCGAGGAGUCCAGCAUCAUCGCGCGCUUCGACUACUGCUUCCUGUUUUUCGCCGUGCGUCCCUGGCACCCCUCGACGGCGACUUGGUACAGAGCUUUGACCCAAACGGAGCCGAGGUUGGAUCUGUGGUUGCAGGCGGAGCAGGUGACGAAAACCUUGCGGUUCAAGUGGUUCAAGUACAUCGGCGACGACCAUUUAGACGAAAAGGAUUGCGAAAAAAGGCAGAAGCAGCAAAUCGACCAGGUGUUGAAGAAGUUACUGAAGGAGGAGAAAAAAAUGUCGGACAAAAAUUGCGCAAGAACAGCAGAUAAAACUUCAUCUACCGUCGAAUUAGAGGAACAGCAAAGUGCGGAACUAACCUUACUCCAAACGGUCAUCCAGAAGCAGCAGCAAGCGAGUUACGCAGAAAAAUCCCACUGGAAGCAGGUCUACCACUACUACGGCCAGUUUCUGCAGCUGUUGGUUUCCAGCGACAUUUCGAUUGCGG